UUUGAUUCAUAAGAUUAUUCUGAUAAUUUUUGAUACAAGUAAUGUGUCGCGAUCCUAGAUUGCAGUGACAAAAAUGCUGAUAAUUUUUGUUUCUUCCUUAAGGGCUCGUAAAGUCCCUUCCAGUUCUUCUCCUAGAAUCUGGAUCCUCUCGAAUCCUAGUGGACUAAUCGAAAAAUAGUUUUCACCCUAUAGAUCAGCGCUUCUUUCCCUAUACUAACUUCACUCUCCGAUCUUCGUUAGUGGAUGGUAAUGGGAACACAAGUCUGAUGUAAUCGACAACGUCGUGUGUAUGUGUGAAAGAAAGCAUGCACUUUGCGUAGCGCGCAGAAACUAUCCAUUGAAAAAAUGUACGGUUCUUUUGGGCUUUCAUCGAGCUAACUCGGCCAAAUACUUUUAAGAUACAAAAGCAGAACGUUUAAGCAUAUAGUUCUAAAUCUCUAAUUUUUUGAAACAAACAUUCUGUCAAUAAAGCCCACAUGACUUUAACUGAAGCUGUCAAUUGAUUACGAUUCUUAACAAAAUUUCUCAAGUUCGCUAAAUAAAGUAUUUUUAUUCCCAAAUUUUAACUUUCUCAUAGUCGUACUAUGCAUCAAUUCUUUAUACAGUCUCUAGAUACAUUUUGUCUUUUAGACAUACACGGUUAACAAUUCAAAUUACGUUCCACAUGUACAUGUCGAUCUUUCUAAAUUAAGCCCAUAUUAAAGCUAUAUUCGAGACAGGUAAUUAAGGUUACGUUCACGCGAUAACAUAAUAGUAUAAAUACAUAUUCUAUUGUCUAAAUAAAUAGUUAAUUAAUAAAAGAGAAAUUCUAUACAAUAGUUCAUUAUACUACAAAAUUUUUAUUAAUUUCUUUCCGUAAUAUUAAAAAGAUAUUUGGUUUAUUAUUAAAAUUACUAAAAUAUCUAGAAAUAUCAAAAUCCCUAUUUCAGAGGGCGCCAUUAUACGUUGCAUCGAAUUUCUUGCCUAACUAACUAUAGUAAUUGCAAUCAGAGUGGAGUGUGGAGUAUGUAGUGUGGAAUAUGUAGCAUGGUGGACCAUGGCGCUACAUGGUUCAACAAAGAUAUAUUUUCAUAAGAUAUAAAAACGAUUCUUGUGUGUAGCCACGUUCAUACUUUGAUAAUUUUAAAAUGGAAACUCGGACGAAUGAGUUGUUAACAACAGGUCCUAUAGCAACAAUUAAAGAAGAGCCACUUGACCAAACUGGCGCGAAGCAAGAUAUGCAACAAUCUCAAGUGCAGGGCGUUUGCAUUGAGGAAGAGUGCGAACAGCGUAUUGAGUGUACAACUGAGGGUCAAGAAAAUGAGACACGUGCAUUUUUAUCGAAAUGUGUGUUCUGUGGAAAGACAUUUACUUUCGGUGAUGAUCCAAAACUUUUAGAAUGUUUACAUGCAGCAUGUUCAACAUGUGUUAAUAGUAAACUCAGUGAUCACAACACAUCGGUCGACGUGGAUGUUCUGUUGGAAAGUAAUGUAAUUGCUUGUCAGAUAUGUAAUGUCACCACACAGGCAGAAAACUUAAUCGAAAACCGAUUCCUAUCAAAAUUUAUAGAAGAGGAUAAUAGUCCAGGUACUGAUGAUGAAUCUAAAGAAACAGAAGAAGAAAAAAAAUGUACUAGCUGUCAUGAUAAUGCCAAUGCCACAAGUUGGUGUGUAGAAUGUGAAGAAUUUAUAUGUCAAAACUGUGUUAUGGCACAUCAGAGAUUAAAAAUAACAAAAGAUCACACAAUUAAACCAAAGGAUGAAGUUGCCAAUGAUAGAGAUAAUGUUAAAAAAAGCAACAAAAAAAUACCUGGCUAUUUAUUUUGUACAAUUCAUCCACAUGAACAAUUAUCUUUAUUUUGUCAAACAUGUGAUAAACUUACUUGUAGAGAUUGUCAGCUAAGUGAACACAGAGAUCAUAAGUACAAAUUUAUUCAUGAAAUUGCUACUGAAACCCGUGCUUCAGUGUCAACUUUACUUAAAGAAGUGAGUUAUAAACGAGUUUUAUUAAAAAGUGCAAUGAAAGUCAUAGAAGACAGACAAGUUCUUAUUUUAGAAAAAAAGAAAAAUUUAGUGCAAGACAUAACACAAAUGGUGGUGCAGUUAACAAAUGCAAUUAAUACACGAGGAAAACAAUUAGUUAUGCGUCUAAAUGAAGUUUGUGAUCAGAAACAAAACACAUUAAAUGAGAAAAAAGUUGCUUUAGAUCAAUUAUCUAAGCUUACUGAUCAUUGUAUCCAAUUUGUAACUCAUGCCUUAAAAAAAGGUUCAGAUAUGGAAUUGCUUUAUAGCAAAAAAUCUGUUACAAGUCACUUACAAAGAAUAAAAAGUAGACGAGCUGACAUUCCAAAUCCAGAAAUACCAGUUAGAAUAAAUUUGUCCUUGGAGAAAGUACCAGAUUUGAUAAAAGUGGUUUCAUCUAUUGGAGGAAUAGUAGUGGAUGGUAGAGUAUAUCCUUCAAUAUCUCCAUUGGGUGGAGUAAAUACAACACCAUCCAUGUCAUAUAAUGAAUCACAGACAGAUCAAAAGCAAACAACUAAUCUGUCAAAUGUACAUAUGGAUGGUUCUUCAAUAGCUGCACAAUUACCUGUUGCAACGCAACAAUCUAAUAGUAUGCAACAAAAUUCCUAUCAACAAGUGCCUCUUCAUAUAGCAUCUCAACAGCAACAACAAACACAGUCGCAAAAUUAUAUGCAACAUUAUCCUAUGAAUAAUAUGCCACCUCGAUCAUCACCACAAGCACAUCAACCGCGUGUACCAUAUCCAGUCAAUUUCAAUAACAGAUUACAACAACCAAUGAUGAUGCAACAACGUCCUUUGGGAAGCUGUCAUCAACAAGUAACAUCGUCUACGCAUCCUCAUCAACAAGUUCACAUAGAUCAACUUGGUCAGAAUACAAGUUUACGUGGACUUCUUGCACAUAAUCCACCACCUUUCCGAUCUUCUACAAAUCAUGUAUCAUAUCGAUUGCCACCUUAUAGAUAUCCUCCAAACAAUUCCCAACGACCAGUACCACCACCUGCAUAUCAACCAACAAAUACAUCCAUCGUAUCUGGUAUAAGACUUCAGCAAUGUAAUCCAACUUCUCCAUCCGCGCAACAUAUAAAUUAUCCUAUGCAACAACCACCUACAGCUCGUUGGCAUAUACCUCAAAAUGUCAAUCCCUGUCUUCCUUUUUAUACUUCCCGCCAUCAAUCAAAUACACCUUCCAUGUCAGUUCCUACUAAUGAUACCUACAAGAUAACGUUAAAAAAUCAACAAUCAAAUGCAAAUCAAAAAUAUAAUACACAGACGACUACUGCUUCUGAUACUCCACCUCAAUCACAAAGUUUAGUGUCUGUUGGUCAUACAGUUAGUUCGUCAGUACCUAAAACGCCUAGUCCUGUGCCUCCUGGAAAAUCAGACGAAACUGAAAAAAGUUUAGACAAAUUUUGUCAAAAAUCUUUGAAUGAUCUAAUGCUUACUAUCGCAAAAUUAGAUAGCAAUGGAAUUGUAGUAAUACCAGAAGCUCAACGAAACCAGUUAGAUUCAGCCCAAGUAGAUAGUUCAACUGAUGAAGGAUUGAAUCCAAUGGCUGAGAAUUCAUCAGAUAAUUCAAAAAAUACUGCAGCAUCCAUGGCAAAAGAUGAUCCAAAUGAAGACUGGUGUGCAGUAUGCAUGGAUGGAGGAGAUGCAGUAUUAUGUUGUGAUAAAUGCCCAAAAGUCUUCCACUUAUAUUGUCAUAUUCCUAGUUUAAAAUCGUUUCCUGAUGAAAGUGAAACAUGGCAGUGUAUGUUAUGUACUAAUGUACUAGACUGCUCAGAUGACCCACCAGGAGAAAAAAGACCAAACACAAUGAGUGCAAAGGAAUUACGAAUUGCACAAAGAAUUGUGUUAGAACUUUAUUGUCAAUAUGAGCAAAGCUUACCUUUCCGUGAAAUAGUAUCUAGUGAGAUAGUUGAUUAUCAUCGUAUCAUAAAAAAGCCAAUUGCACUAGAUGUAAUUAGAGAUAAAUUAAAACCUGAGCAUGCGGAACAUUACACAGAUUUAAGACAAGUAAUGGCAGACAUCAGAUUGAUGUUUAAAAAUGCUUUUACUUAUAAUCCCGUUGAAUCGCAAGUGUAUCAAGAAGCACGAAAUUUAGAAGAAUUUUUUGAAAAAUUAUUAUUAAAAUGGGCACCAAAUUACGCAUAUGACGAUCCUUUUCUUUCGGGUGACAAGGACGAAGACGAAGAAGUGUUUCCUCCUAAUAGAAAAUAUCGUCGUAUACUUACAGACUAAUUUUCACUUUCCGUAAUGAAGCACAUAAACAAGUAUAUUAUUUUUAAAACACAUAGCAGAAUUAUAUUUCCAUAUAAUGAAUAUUUCUUAAUUAUAUUUAAUAUUGCUUUUCGUGUUUAAUUAAUUAAUAAAUGUCUAUAAAUACUUACGGAUACUAACAAUUGAGCAGACAUUUACAACUGUAGUAUAGAUUUCUUCACAUUUUAUGUUCAGUGAAGAAAAUUUUACUUCUUGCUUAAUAUUGCGAGCUUAUUGCAUGAAUUUAUAAAUUAAAGGUGAUCACAAAUCUAGUUCAUAAAAUAUUUGAGUGUGUUGACUAUUUCUUAUAAAUUUAUCAUAAAAUCUGUUAGAAAACCUAUCAUUUAAUUAUAUCAAUAAU